CGCCGUGCGCUCGGAGUCCAUGAGGAAGAACCACAGCGCCUUGCCGCUCAUCUUCGUGACUGAGGCGGAGCGUAGCGGCUGCGAUGUCCUCAGCAUCCCGGUGCCCAUGCGGCGCGGCGGUUCCGAGUCCAACCUGGAUGUGGCGGACGGCGUGGGCCUGGACUUCAACAAGGGCGCGCUGGGCAUCGACAGCCUGCAGCAGAAGAUCCUCAAGGUGACGGAGCAGAUCAAGGUGGAGCAGACGGCACGGGACCAGAACGUGGCGGAGUACCUGAAGUUGGUCAACAACGCUGACAAGCAGCAGAUGGUGCGCAUCCGCCAGGUGUUUGAGAAGAAGAACCGCAAGUCGGCACACUCCAUCGGCAGGCUGCAGAGGAAGCUGGAGCAGUACCACCGCCGCGCACGGGACGGCGAGGCCGACGGCAAGCGGGACCACAAGGACGGCGCCCGGGACUCGGGGGGGCACGGCAAGGAGGGGGGCCAGCGCGAGGUCGGCGCCUCGGGCCGCCACCCCGCCCUGGACAAGGUCAAGACCGUCGGGCCCGGCGUGUCGCUCUCGCCGCCGUUCUUCUUCAACAAGUCGCGCGGCUUGGCCGGCCUCAUCCGCAACAAGUACGGCAGCGCCGACAACAUCGCGCACCUCAAGAGCUUGGACGCCGGCUCGGGGCUGCGCGGCCAAGUCGCCGGCCGCGGCCUGAGCGGCAGCGCCACCGCCGUGGCCAAAGACGUGAAAUACCACAGCGACGACGAGUGCUCCACCGGGACUUCGGCCUCCGCCGACUCCAACGGCAACCCGGCCGGCGGCUCGGCGGCCGGCUCGGGCGGCGGCGGCGGCCGGCUGGCCGAGGCCCUGGAGAUGGUCCGCGACAUGCGCCAGGCGCAGACGCAGCUGGGGGAGGACAUGGAGGCGCUCAACGCGCAGUUUCAACGCGACUACGGGUACUUCACUCAGGUGCUGCAGGAGGAGCGCUACAGGUAUGAGCGCCUGGAGGACCAGCUCAACGACCUGACGGAGCUCCACCAGCACGAGACCAGCAACCUGAAACAGGAGCUGGCCAGCAUCGAGGAAAAGGUGGCCUACCAGGCCUACGAGAGGGCCAGGGACAUCCAGGAGGUGCUGGAGUCGUGCCAGACGCGCGUGUCCAAGCUGGAGCUUCAGCAGCAGCAGCAGCAGCAGACGGUGCAGCUGGAGAACGCCGACGCCAAGGUGCUGCUGGGCAAGUGCAUCAACAUCAUGCUGGCCUUCGCCACCGUCAUCCUGGUGUGCGUGUCCACGGCGGCCAAGUUCGCCGCCCCGCUCCUGCGCAGCCGCCUGCGCCUGGCCCUCACUUGCGUGGGCGUGUCCCUGCUGGCGCUACUGUGGAAGAACUGGGAGCAUGUGCAGUGCGCCCUGGAACGACUGCUGCUGCCGCCGCACUGAGAAAGCCGCCGACCUUUCGGUUUCAGCCGACCUUUCGGGAUGGACCUCAAAUGCACUGAAACAGCCGCAAGUUCACCCAAAGCACUGAAGUACUGUCCUGGAUCAGG